GCCUCGGCUCAUGUUGUCUUGUUACUUCUCGUUGACUGCUGUGAUGCAGCUACACGACCACGUGCUAACAAGCUAACAAGCUAAUGUUGCCUCAUGUCACGAGAUGAGAUGGUUUUUAAAACAUUAAUUAUCCUUUAAUCCGGUUUAUAUGUUUUUCUCUCACCGCGUUCAGCGGGUAUUUCCAUCCGGUGUCAUCCCGUUAUGAGUUAGCAACAAGCUACAGUAAGCUAACGUUAGCCAGGAAGCUAACGAAGCUAACAGGAAGCUAACGUUAGCCAGGAAGCUAACAUAACCUUCACAGCUAACACGUGAAAAUGAAGUUUAAAGUGUUUAAAAUAUCUCUGAGGAGAAGAUGUUUGUAUUAAAGCGACGUUUUCAAUACAACUUUAAUUCAAAUACACUUUAAUUGAACCAGAGAUUCGGUUGAGAUAGAACCAAACUCCAUAGAGAAAUCAGCUGAUUGACAGGAUCACCUCUCGUUGGAUUCUGGUUCUAAAUGUCGGAGUCGUCGCUGUGAAACAUUAAAAACAAGCGGAACUGGACUCGGUGAGAAAAUCCGUUCUGCAGCCGAAUGACUCUCAUCACCGCGUGGAACCGUUUCCGUCGCUUCGUGUCUCCGUUGGUCAACAAGUUUCUGAGCUUUGUCACGAUGCGUCGACUUUUAACCAGAGUUUUACACCGAGUUCUGCUGAACGAGUCCUUCUCACCUGUGAUGGUCCCAGAGGCGGAGGUCCACUCACACGGCCGCAGGAAGCUGGUGGUGGGACUGGGCAACCCGGGGAUGGAGGGUACCAGACACAGCGUCGGCAUGGCGGUGCUUGGCGCGCUCGCCGCCCGGCUCGACGUAGCUGACCGUUGGCGCGGCGACAAGCAGGUGUCCGGUGAGGUCAUCGUGUCGGAGAUCCAACACACACACGUGGUGCUGCUCCGUCCCAGACUGCUGAUGAACAUCAAUGGAGUGUCAGUGGCCAAAGCAGCCGGUAAAUACGGCGUCAGGCCUGAAGACAUCCUGCUGGUCCACGACGAACUGGACAAACCUCUGGGGAAGAUCAACAUCAAACUUGGAGGAAGCGCCAGAGGUCACAACGGAGUCCGCUCCUGUGUAGACUGUCUUCAGACGGAUGUGAUGCAGAGACUUCGAGUCGGGAUCGGACGGCCAACGGGGAAGACGUCGGUGGAGCGUCACGUCCUCGGCCGCUUCUCCUUGGAGGAGCGGAAGGUUCUGGACUCUGUUUUGGUCCAGAGUGUGGACCUCCUCCUCUCCCAGCUCUCCCAGCAAGAAUCCAAACCGGACUCCCCCUCCUCCCCCUCCUCGCCAGCAGGGGGCAGAGGAGCAGCACAGAAGAGGACGGAGGGGUAGACCCGAGCUUCUCCAGCCGAGGACUCGUCUGCUGCCCAGAGCUGAACCUCAACAUCUCUCUCUUAUCAAACCCACAGCUGCCUCAAAGACAAAUGUAUUUAUUCUCUGGUGUGAGAUUAAAAGACUUGAAAGACAAAGUCCACAAGAAUCAAGAAGAUGCACGAGGAGCUGAGGUUCAACCACAAAGAGCCGUGAUGAUCUGAGCUCCUUUUAAAACUGCUGCAGGUGAUCGGUUUGUUCCUCUGAAUCAUUUCUCUCAUGAAUUUAAAUACUGAAACCAAAACCCUCAAUAGAUUCAUUGUUUUCAUUCA